AUGCAACGUGUUCCAUCAUCUGAAAAAUCAAUCCAUCAACAAUUGGUCGAAGCCCAUCAAGAAAUCGCCAACCUCAUUCAACAACACCAAGCAUACACACAACAACACCAAGCACAAACACAACAACAUGAAAUAGAAGUACAACAACUACAACAACAGAUACAAGAUUUAGAACACCAGGUCCAACAUCUUCAGCAGGAAUUGCAACAAAUACAACAAGCUGCACCUCCACAACCAAAUGCAGUACCACAACAGCCAUCACCACCACUUCAACAGCCGCAGGUACUACAACAGUCUUCAUUACCACCUCAAGAAGAACAACAGCAACAAGAAGUCAUACCAGGGCUCGAAACGGGCCGUCCGGCCCGAUGGCCCGGCCCGGCCCAACCAUCUCUUCGGGCCGGGCCGGGCCGGGCGGGCCAACAUUUUUCUCGGGCCGCUCGGCUCGAAGUAGGUUUUUCUUUUAUGAAAAUAUAUAGAUGUUAGUAAAUCUGGAAUGUAUUAAAAAAUUAUUAUCGUAGAUGCUUAUCUCGAAUUUUACUUGGAUAAUAAAAUGGACCAAUAAUCUGUUGGUAGACAUAAUUUGUUAUUUGUGUGGUUUUUUCGAUACUUUUCAUCUUCUCCCCAGAGAAAUUGUUUAUUAUAUUCGACUUUUUUCACGAUAAUUUUUUAUUUAUCUAUUGUCAUUCUUAGAUAUUUAUCUAAUAGAUAAAUAUCUAAGAAUGACAAUAGACGAAAAAUUUAAAACACCUAAUCCUCUUCUUUUGGCAACAUCAUGAAAUCCAUUUACCACAUUUGGCCAAACCGGUCAAAAGGUUGUAUUCAAUACCUUCUACGUCUUGUGGCGUAGAGCGCUAGUUCAGCGCUGCAGGAGUUUUAGUAAAUGAAAGAAGAUCAUCAUUAAAUCCUGGCAUAGUUGAGGACGUACUUUUUGUGCGCUCGGUGCAGAAAGCAUUAAUGAAAAAUCUAAAUCUUUUUUUCGAUGUAAUUUUCAUUUUUUUCCUGUGUUGGACAUCUAUUUUCGUUCGUUCUACUUGUUGGUACUUUCUUCUUCAUUGUAUUUAUAAAUAUUAUUCGUUCAUUAUACUUGUCAAUAUUUUUCUUCUUAUUAUUGGAAUCAACUGAUCCUAAUAAAUUUAUCAGUAAAUUAAUGAUGUAUUCAUUAGAAGUUUUUUCGAACUAUAAGACUGGCUUUAAAGAUCGGUUUUUACAAAAAAAAAACAUUUAUUUAAAUAACAUUUUCUUUAGCGUCGGGCCGGGCGAACUUGAAUUAGUUUUGGGCCGCUUUGGGCCGGCCCGGACCAUGAAAAAGUGGCCCGUUUCGAGCCCUGAGUCAUACCACCACCACCAGAAGCACAAGUUCCACAACAUCAGAACCUCAGAGCACGAGGAGCACGCAUGCGAAGACGGCUCAGACGCUUAGUUCAACCACGUCCUCGAGACCGUCAUUUGUCAUCAAGGGGUGAUUAGGUUAAGGUAUGCUUUUCCACUAUUCCCAUCAAUUCUUACCACACUAUUUCAGUUAUUUUUUUCAUUCUAGAUAUUAUAUAUAAAUAUCAAUAGUGAGUACUCCAGAAAAAUAUUUAUUUGCAUCAUAAUGAGUUCUAUUUUUCUUUUUUAGAUUAAAAAAAAUUAUUAAAGCUUAAAAAUUAAAAAACAUUAAAAAAUUAAAAAAAAUUAAAAAAUUAAAAAAAAUUAAAAAAUUAAAAAAACCAAAACAAAGUAAUUUUGACAUAUACUAUGUAUUUAUUUGGUUAAUAUAAAAAAAUCUGUUUUUCAUUUAGACCACAAAAAUUUUAUUUAUACAAUAAAAAUGAUGAUCAAUUACUAAUGAUAUAAUCUUGGCCAAUUCAAGCUGUUUGUCUGGAUCUAAAUAUUUCGAAAAUGAACAUAUUUGUUAUCGAUGAUACAUCAGUAAGUUAAUAAAAUAUAUGUGAUUUAAAAACAAUGUCUUUAUUUCUUUAAAUAGUUUAUCUUAAAUGAAUGAGGAAGUUUUGGUCGACAUAAAACAAUAAUAUUAUUUAA